GGGCACCUCCAUGUUAUACCCGGAGGGACAUGGAAUAAUCUCCCUAGUAAACAUUCCAAAGCCAAAGGGGCAUUAAUUAUUCUAUCCAUCUCUCACACCCCCUCCUCGUCCGCUACACGGAAGGCUACAGUGGACUGGACUGGUUACUGUAGGGGCAGUGACUCCCACCCACUCAUUCCCUCAAUCAUAAUUCAUAACCCAACACAACCUCCUCCUCCUCCUCCUCCCUCUCUCUCUCUCUCUCUCUCUCUCUCUCUCUCUCAUAAUCCACAAUCCACCUUCCCGCAAAAACCGCCUUUUUCCUCUCUACCCACAUCACAAUACCACUCACACCCUUCCUCCGUACUCCCACUCUCUCACUCACUCUCUCUCUCUCUCUCCCCCCACCACUAUCCCGACCAGUCCAGUCCCGUCGAUCACUUCUGCUACGGCUUUAUUGAAUUUGUCAAAGAAUUCCUCUGAUCUGAUCUGGUGUGGUGAUCUAUCUACACAAAUAGUCUGAGCUAGUAGCUAAGAAAAAUGUCAUUGGACAUGGCGUCCGAGCGCGUUUGUUACGUCCACUGCAACUUCUGCAACACGAUUCUAGCGGUCAGUGUGCCAUGCAACAACAUGUUGACAAUUGUGACAGUUAGAUGUGGGCAUUGUGCAAAUUUGCUGUCUGUCAACAUGGGAGCUUUGCUUCAGACUAUUCCUCUUCAAGACCCUCCUCAGAAACAACAAUCGAGCUUUGAAUCUGGAAGCAAGGACAGUGGAGGAUCAUCUUCUAAAUGUAGCAAAUUUGGUGCAUUCAGUUCAGCUGAACUCGAACCUCCUAGAAUGCCUCCCAUUCGCCCCCCGGAGAAGAGACAACGUGUUCCCUCUGCUUAUAAUCGAUUCAUUAAAGAGGAGAUUCAAAGGAUAAAGGCCCGAAAUCCUGAGAUUAGCCACCGGGAAGCUUUUAGCACAGCAGCUAAAAACUGGGCACAUUUCCCUCACAUCCACAUUGGGCUAAAGUUGGAUGGAAACAAAAAAGCAAAGUUAGACCAAUCAUUUGCAGCAAAUGGGACUCCUGAUCAUGAAGACUCUGGUUCUGCUAAUUUCUACUAAAAUUGGCUACCGUACCAAUGAGACAAUUGGUGCGAUUAUUAAUAAAUUGAUCUCUGGUUAUUUUCUUUUAUGCAUGGGAUAAAAUACCUAAGCUUUGAGGUUGAUAAUCAUGAUCAAUUCGAUCUAGCUUUAUCCUAUAAUAACCCAAUAUUUGAAUGGCCCUUACAAAAACCUUAGCAUCGAUCCCUAUAUCAUGUUGUUUUAUUUUCACAUUUUAUCCUUUUGAAUUGCCGGAACUUCUUGGAUUCUUUUUUCGUUUUUUUGGUUUUUCAUCCUUGUAAUUGCAUUGAUGUUGAGCUCCAAACAUUGUGGUAGCAAUAAUAUUUCUUUGUAAUAAUGCACAUAUUUUUGUUUCA